AUGCCUUCACAGGACUCUAAAAUCAUUAUCGUCGGAGGUGGCGUCUUCGGCCUCAGUACUGCUCUAUGGCUCGCACGCGGCGGGUACAAAGACGUCACCGUGUUUGAUAGAUGUGCCUUUGACCGGAACUUCUAUGAUCCUUCCAACGGCUGCGAUGGCGCCUCAGCAGACAUCAACAAAGUCUUUCGCAUGGCCUACGCAGACAGAACCGAUUACCAGGACCUGGCGAUCGAGGCGAGAGAUUCAUGGGUCGCAUGGAACAAAGCCAUUGCCGAAGCUGGCGCCUCCGACCUGCCCAAGGGGCUGACUCCAGAGGAUAAAGUCUUCCAUAACUGUGGGACGUAUUUUCUGGCCGAGGGAGCGGAAAUGAGAGACUACUAUGCGGAUAGUUUGGACAAUAUGGCUAAGACGGCGCCGGAGUUUCGCAAAAUGCAAUUUGUCAAGGGAAAUGCAGACGAUGAAAAAAGGCUCCGCGAGAUUGAUCCGAAAUGGGCGGAAAAGUAUCACGUUAUAGACAAGAUCAACGGCGGAAACACCAAUGGUUUCCUCGAUAUCCAGGCAGGAAUCACAAUCGCAGAUAAAGCCUGCGUCUACGCAAGAUUCUUAUCCGGCAGCUGGACUGCAUCCAUCAUCCCCGAAGCCCACCAGACAGUGGAAGCGACAGCAGGGAUAUUGAUGUUCAUCGACAUUCCAAAACACAGACAGGACCUUUGGAAGAGAUUCCACCCCGAUAACUACCCUGUGUGGUCCUACCGCAGGGGGGAUGGAGACAAUUACUAUCAAGGUGGCGGAUUCCCGAUCUCGAAGCAAGGGCGUCUCAAGUUUGGCUUUCGCGGUCGAAAGUUUACCAACUUCCGAGACCAUCCAACGCAACCGAAUCUCUGUGUUGGUAUACGGACAGUAUCGACAAUGAUUACGUAA